UUUUCGUGUUGCACAGCACUCGUUUGUGGAAUCUGAAAGAUGUUCAUUAAGUGGGCACUGCUUUUUUCCGUUGCCUUGGUCUUUUUCAAGGCAUCAGAAUGUGUUAAGGAUGAAGUGCAUGAACUUCACGAUUUAGUCGUUUAGUACGCUCCACGGCUCCGUUUUGAUUCUAAAUCCGGCGAUACACUCGGCCAAUGCCUUCCCAGUAGCGCCGAGGAUUAUUUCCGCCUCCGUCAAAAUGGAUUCACUGGAAGAGUUUGCAACAUGGAUUAUAUCAGCAUUUUGGAUGGGCGUAUCCCGGCUUAUUACGAAGCUGACGAGUGUGAAAACAAUAACAUGAUCUUUUCUUAUUGGUUCUUUUACGGCUACAAAGAUGACUGCCCUAUGUUACCGGGAGAUCCUGGAGACGAUGUCAACUGGGGACGUUAUGUAGUCAAGGUUUUGAACGGCAGCCAAGUGGAUCGUGUCAUUUUCUAUCAACACGAAGGCUGGUAUACUCGUAAUCCUGGCCGCUAUGAAGUGUUCGAGUCGACACAUCCUAUUUCGUACGUCGGAAAGUUGCGUCAAGGAACUUAUCACGAUGAUGGCGGCUCGGGAACUUGUUGCUACUUUGAAGAUUACCGCAAUCCAGGAUCACCGGAUAAGCAUAUGGAUAGCUGGCGUAAUUUAGUUUGGCUGAGAAACAACGGAAACACGACUCCAGAAUGGAUGACCAAUAACGAUCCUUAUUACUGGAACGGCGUACCUUUGCCACAUUUCAGAGGCGAAAAUUUGUGCGAUUUGAGAGGCUGUGAAGGCGGGAAUCUUCAAACCUGUGGAACCUGCGGCUGCCAUAAAUCUGACGUUCCUGAUGAUGAGAGACCCUAGUUUAGAUUUAUCAACGGACAAACUAUAACGUCAUGGUUACUGAAACACGCCAAUUGAUACCAUUCCUGCGAAAACAUGAUUUUUCAAUUAAAAUAUCUGUCAACAAAAUUAGAUGAAAGAAAAAAUAGACAUUCAAUGUUUCAGAUUCAAAAUACCCCAAA